GGUACAAGAGUCACGGUAUCGAGGCUGGGAUGUAUAAGAGGAUCUUCUUCUCACUCAAAGGUGUCAUUAGAAAUAUUCCUUUGAAAUACCAUCUACUUGAAAUUGGCCGAAGUAGUAAUUCAUAUUUGUACUGUUUACGUAUCUACUAUCGACCCCACUACGAACAUGUCCAGCUCCAAGCCUCCACAGAACUCCACCGGCUCGAAUAGGAGAGCUCUCUUGAGUUCGACUGCAAAGGAAACCAAGGCACUCCUUCCUCAGAUCUUAGCUGUGCUUCCCCAUGCUCCUCCUACUGGGAUUCGUUGCUCACGUGAUACGAUACCGGUGUUGGACUUCAAGUAUAGUCCAAAUCUCAACACCCAAGUGGAAGUUGUGAAUGGCGACGCUUUCAAUAUAGCUAUCAGCCUCACCAAUCCCACGGACACCAGAAGCGUCUGCGUACUGAAUCUGGCUAGCGAUAAGAGUGCAGGUGGUGGUUGGCUUCGGGGAGCCUUGGCCCAGGAGGAAGAGCUUUGUUAUCGUAGUAGUCUUAGUUUUACGCUUAAGCUGCGAUACUACCCUUUACGAAAUCACGAUGCUAUCUACUCUCCAACCGUUGUUGUGUUUCGUGAGAAUUUCACAGAUGGACACAGAUUAAUGGAUCUACAAAGGCCCGAGUCUCUACCCAUUGUCAGCGUGGUCAGUAUGGCCGCAUUGAGGAGGCCGGAUGUAAUCCGGAACACAAAGCCUCCACGGUACAAACACAUCGCGGAUCGCGCGGUGACCAAGGACAAAAUGCGUGUGAUUCUCCGUAUUGCAGCUUACAACAAGCAUCGGAAACUUGUUCUAGGUGCCUUUGGCUGUGGUGCCUUCGAUAACCCAAAGGAAGAGGUUGCGAACUGUUGGGCAGAGGUUUUGCAGGAACCGGAGUUUCAAGGAUGGUGGGAGAGCAUAGUGUUUGCGGUUCUGGAAAACACAGGCGACCUCGCCAAAAGCAAGGGGAAUUUCAAUGUCUUCCACAGCAGGUUGCAUGGGAUGAGAGUAUAGCCAAUGUAAUAAUAGAAAAUGCAGUGCUCCACUAAGGCAUGGCUCAUGAAGCGGUAGGUCAAUGCUUCAUGAGCGGUCUAGAUAUACAUAGUUCAAUUAUUGAAGACUCGAGAGAUUGUAAGGGCGAAGCAGUAUCCCAGAACUCAUUUCUUGAGCCGAGCGGAACGCCUUCUCCCCGUAGACGGUGUGCCGUCUACUUCAGGUUUCUUCUCGUCAUCGGCGUCCUUGAUCAGCUGGGCUCCUUUCUUCGAUCCUGCUUUCUUCACCUUUGGCUCUUCCUCGCUUGCCUCUGCAUCACUUUCAACCUUAGGCACUAUUUCUCGCUUCCGUUUAUUCUGCGUAUCGCCAUCCU